UGUAAAAAUGGAAUACUUUGUUUGUGGUCGUAACUACGCUUAGCGAGUUAUUGCCCAUGAACGAUUGAGAUCUAACAAGACAAGAUACGUAUGAUGUAGAUCUGAAUCUAGAACUUAACAGAAUAAUAUGAAAGAAAAACGUUAUUUCAAGGCUAAAUUAAGCCCAAUAUUUGGGAUAAUAUAGUGAAAUAAAGUAGUAUUUGUAUGGCGUGGGGAUUAGGAAAUGUUGAACUUUUUAAAAAGAACAGUAAAUUUGAAAGCUUUCUCAAAAGAUGUUUGUCAGAGCAGGAGUUCGAAAGAAUUCGUGGAUAUGAGUCGUGUGUUGUGGUAUCCGAAAAAGAAAAUAAAGCCUUUAGGUUCAUUGUACUUAGUGAUGAAAAAAUUUAUCUGACUGAGAACCCUCCGAAAACCAUUGAAGAGGCAGUCCAUCUUAAAGAUAUUGUAUCUGUUGAACUGGUCAAUGAAUUCCCAGAAUUUCUAAGAGGAAAUGAGAGGAACAAUGCCCAGCACAUUGCUAUCACAUACAUGACAUUUGUACCCAGGCGCAGGUCACUCCGCAACAAGUCCAAAGGUUCUCAGAGAGGAUCAGUCGUGUCACUGAGUACUGAUAGGUCUAAUGCAUCCACACCAAUUGGUUAUGACAACCCGCUAGACAGCAGUGCCCCAGAAGAUCAAGGCUACCUGACCCAGAGUUCAGCCAGCCUGCCAACCAGCCUGCCAACCAGCAGGCCAACCAGCAGAGAUAGCACUAAACCAAGCGCACUGCAGAACAAGAAGAAGAAGAAAACUCCAGGGUUAAAUGACAGCCUCGACCAUGAAAGUAUCCUACGCUCACUCAAGGAAGAGAAAGAGGAAGAGAUGAUGGAGACUAUUGAUGAACAGAACAUGCCAACCAACAGAUCAACUAACACAGAACAUUCCAGAACAAAACCUCCACCACAAGGGAGACAACAGACCAGGACAGAUUCUAUAAAUAGUACAGCACAGACACCUUUGUAUACCCAGCAGAAGAAUGGUGUGUCUGACAAGCAAAUACUGCUACACACACAGUCCCAGCAACACACACAGGACAAGAAAGUUAACAAAACGGCUUGCUGUUUUUUAUUUGGGUGCUACAGAACACAGAAAAAUCAGGUGGUCCCUGCCAGCAAAAGUGGCACCAUCCCCGACAAACGCCAGUCUGUUGAACUCUCCAGCCAGAUGUACAGUCAACAGAACACAAACUCUAACAAUCUGUAUGGCAACAGUCUAGCCCAGCUGAGUGGAUUUCCUACUGCUAGCAGGAGCUCUUCACUGAUUGGUUCAAGAUCUGGGACACCCAUGCUGGAUACAGAGCGCAAUAUCAACCACUUAAACAUGUCCACCAGUGACUUGGGCAGCUACAUCUCCUUCAAUGGCCUUAACACCCUGUCUGUUGAUGGUCUACCUGUGCCGCGCAGGUGUGUCCUCAAUGUCUACAUCCUCAACCAGACCUCACCUCUCCUCAUCCUGCUGAAGAGUGCCUGGCACAACUACAUCAUAAAAUCCACCCUGGCCUUGGAACCAGAAACUCUAGAAAUUUCUACCAAUCCCAAAAUCUUGUCAGCUAGUAACAGUGAAUUAAGUUGGAGAGAAAAAGUUGAACACGAAUACCUUCAGCUAAAGAGGCGUCUGCUGCAACCCAAUCUUUCCAUGGAAGAUCAGUUUGUUUAUAUAGAUCAGCUGUACAAUGCAACUAAGUCCAGCUUUAUAAUCAAAAAAUUAUUUUGGAAGCACUCUGAUUUGUUUGCUCUCCUUGUGACUGAGCUGAAGAAAUAUGUGCCUUGUUCAAAAUCGUCACUCACUUCUGAGGAAGGAAAGAUUCAAAGAGCGGAUGAAAUGGAGUUUUCUAUCCUUGUGUUGUCAACUUUAAACCUGAUGUUCAGAGAAACAGAAAUUGUGCCAUCAAGGCUACACACGCUCAAGCUUGAAGGGGGCAAACACCUGUCUGACCUACUGAACAUAGUGGUCAGCCAGCCAGACCUACCCUACCAGCCACUAUCAAGGCACUGGUCCACACCAGCUGUUGGUGCCAAGGGGACAGAUGUCAAAAGAAAUGUUAAUGAGGAGUUGGUCAGGUUAAAAACAGAAUACACAAAGACUGCCAUUUGUUCUCUAUUUGAGCUCUUCAUGGUGGCUAAACAGGCAGCAGGUGAUGAGCUAGAAAUACUGUCAGUGUCUGGCAUGAUUGGCGCAUGUACCAAGCUGAAAGCCACGGAGAAGUUUGUUGACCGUCUGGUUACUCAAAUCAUGGAGCUGGUCAGCUUGUCCAGGUUUGAACUCCUGACCCCGACCCAGUCCAUGUUUGUCUUUCAGAUGUUUACCCUGCUGCUUACAUUUGUGGAAGUCAACAAGUCAGUCAUUAGCUACGUACGGAACAAUUACUUUGAGGAGUUUAAGUAUUUCAUCCAGACACCUGCUGUGUCCAGGAAACUUCCACCACAGUAUCCAAUCACAGCCACAACAAUCAACAUCAUUGACCAGGUGGUGACCAAAAUUCUUGGAACUCAUUGAACAGGUGGUGAACAAAAUUCUAGGAACUCAUUGACCAGGUGGUUACCAAAAUUUAGGAAACAGUUGAUCAGGUGGUGACCAAAUUUUAUGAAAUAAUUGAACAGGUGGUGACCAAAAUUCUAAGAAAUCAUUGAACAGGUGGGGACUAAAUCUAGGAACCCAAUAAACGGGUGGUGACCAUAAUUUUAGGAAAGCUGGACAAUUGUCAUGGCCAAUCGGGUGUGCAGAUAGAAGGAAACGUUUAAUGUAAACAUUUGUUUGAAUGUAAACAUUUGUUUGAAGACAAUCUCUUGUUGAUAGGUUUGCAUUGUGGACAUGGUUAUUUGAAAUUUCAUGGGAGAGCACUGAUCAAAUUUUUUUUUAGCUUGUUUUCAUCAAAGAGAAUUGAUCAAUCAAAAUUCUUUAUUUUAUUCUAGUUACCUAAGUAGUUAAUCUCUGAGUUUGGUGAUCAAUUUAUUGAACUAUUCAAAUAGGUUUCUUGAUGGUUAAUUACAUCACAUCGUUCAAAAGUCUUCUGCAAUCAAACUAUCACCAUUUUUUCUUUUUGAUUUCAUAGAACAAUUUCUGACUUUUUUUUGUGAAUAAAGUUUUAGAAUGUAAUAGUUAAAAAGUUGAUAUAUAACAAAAAAGUGCUCUGUUAUAUGUGACAGCUUACUGCUACCACUGUCUUAAAGCUAAUUCAUUGGAAAUCAAAACAUCAUAUGCGUGGUUACCUUGGAAAUGAAGACAUUGAAUACUUGUGUUACCAUGGAAAUGAAGACAUUGAAUACUUGGGUUACCAUGGAAAUGAAGACAUUGAAUACUUGUGUUACCAUGGAAAUGAAGACAUUGAAUACUUGGGUUACCAUGGAAAUGAAGACAUUGAAUACUUGGGUUACCAUGGAAAUGAAGACAUAGAAUACUUGGGUUACCUUUGUGUAUUUCCUCAACUUGCUCAACCUUUGUCUCAUUCAUUUUUUCAUUUUUCGAGUCUUGUUUUUGUUAGAAUUUAUGACCAGGAACAAAUCCUGGUGUCACCAGCAGCUUUAUGUAAAUAGCCUUUGUGUCUUAUACUACACUUUUUAUCAUUCUCAUUUCAGCUUUUAUUUAUUGCUUAUUUGCCUUUUAUAUCCAUCUUUUUUAAACAAAAUAUUCUUCUGAAAAUCUAAAAAAAAAAAAGAUUUUCUAUUCAUUCAAUACAAUUUGUGUUUGAGCUUUUGAUUUGACUGUAUAACAUGGUAAAAAUAUAACGGCUGUUGUUUGCUUAAGAAUAUAUUUUGUAUAUUAAGAGUUCUAAAAUAAAUUUUAUUGUACAUUCCUCUUUGACUUUACUAAACUGUUGAGUUGCUGUCAUGUUUUUCAUGAAUUGAAAUGGCAUAUGUUAUGAAUUAUGAUUAGAAAUGUUAACAUACACUAGUAAGAAUAAGGUUCACAUUAGCAAUUUAGAAUUCAUUUCAUCCAGAAACAAAGUAUGGUAGGGCCCAAAACCACAAUUUGAGCUUUAGAGCUAAGUUUGUCCUUAAAAUAACACUACAUCUCUUGUUUUAUGCACAAGAGAGUUCUGCAAUAAUUGACUCUUGACCUUCUGGUAUAGAACAACACAGUAUAUAUAUUGUGUUUAUAAUUAUUCAGGCAAUGAUUGGUUGAUUGUUACUGUCCAGACAAUAAUUGAUGCCACCCAGUCAAUUAUUGUUAAAUUCAUGCUGUCCAGUCAGUUAUUGUUAGACUGAUGCUGUCCAGUUAGUUAUUGUUAGACUGAUGCUGUCCAGUUAGUUAUUGUUAGACUGAUGCUGUCCAGUCAGUUAUUGUUAGACUGAUGCUGUCCAGUUAGUUAUUGUUAGACUGAUGCUGUCCAGUCAGUUAUUGUUAACCUGAUGUUGUCCAUUCAAUAAUUAUUGUUGGACUGAUGCCGUCCAUUUAAAAAAUAGCCCCAUGAUCCUGGCAAAUGAUGUCAUGUGCCUUGCUUGCCAGAUGUCAACAUUUACCUCCCUUAAAGUUAUAUCUACAGACUUUUUAUUCUAUUUUAUCUCCCCUUAGGGUUAUAUUGACUUCUUGUUUUAUUCGCAUGCCUAUUUUGUAUCAGCAUACAGUGGUGUCGUGUGACCUAUACAAAAUGUGUUUUGUAUCAGCCUACAGAGCCACAGUUACACACUUGAUACAGCUUACAACCUUUCUAUAGAUCACCACACAACUAACCCUAGCCAUACCACUAUAAUCACAGGACAGACAGAACCACUUAAAAGCAAUAUUUUUUUUCUUUCAUUGUUGUCCAACUUUAAUACGUCGUUUGCUUUUGGAAGAGCUAUUGUAAAGUCCAGCAAGUUUUUCAUUUAUAAUUUAUAUUCAUUUGUUAUUUUAAGAUCAAUAAAAUUCAACUUUAUGAAGA